UCCGUGUUCAUCAUCCGGUGGGACACUUUCUCCACUGUCAUAUAUCUCCCGCGAGACAAAGAGCACCGGGAUGGUUUUCGCUGAAGCGCUAGUGCCAUUUCGGUCGGGCUGGCUUCACGUGCAUCAUUUGUUUGGUCUACUUUGUCUCGUUGCCGUUGUCUACAAGUUGUUCAUUGCGCUCCGCCAAAGAAGAGAUGCGAUUCGAGAUUUUGCAGCUUUCACGGGACCACCGGGACACUGGCUCCUGGGACAUGUUAUGGAUUUUAAACAGGAUGGGACUGACUUGGACAAAUUGGUAAAAUGGGGAAAGCAGUAUCCUUAUGCCUUCCCACUGAUGUUUGGUCCCGUUGUUUGUUUCCUCAACAUUCACCAUCCAGAUUAUGUGAAGACAAUACUGGCAUCAACAGAGCCAAAAGAUGAUUUUGCAUAUAAGUUUAUUGAAUCUUGGAUUGGGGAAGGUUUAUUGGUGUCAAAAGGUCAGAAGUGGUUUCGUCAUAGAAGGCUUUUGACUCCAGGUUUCCAUUAUGAUGUCUUGAAACCAUACGUAAAACUGAUGUCCGAUUCUGCUAAAACUAUGUUGGACAAAUGGGAAAGUCACUCAAACACCAGCAACUCAUUUGAAUUGUUUGAACACGUGAGCCUCAUGACACUGGACAGCAUCAUGAAGUGUGCAUUCAGCCACGACAGCCACUGUCAAACCGAGAGCGGAACAAAUGCAUACAUCAAAGCAGUGUAUGAGCUCAGUGAUCUGAUUAACCUGCGGUUCAGGACAUUUCCAUACCACAAUGACCUGAUUUUCUACCUCAGCCCACAUGGAUUCAGAUACAGGAAAGCAUGCAAGGUGGCUCACAGCCACACAGAGGAAGUCAUAAGAAAGAGAAAAGCAGCACUAAAGGCAGAGAAGGAGCUGGACCACAUACAGGCCAAGAGACAUCUGGACUUCCUGGACAUACUUCUCGUUGCAAGAGAUGAGAAGCAGCAGGGUCUAUCAGAUGAAGAUAUACGAGCAGAGGUGGACACAUUCAUGUUUGAGGGUCACGACACCACAGCCAGUGGCAUCUCUUUCAUCCUCUACUGUCUGGCCUGCUACCCUGAACACCAGAAGAUUUGUAGAGAGGAAAUCAUUCAAGCCCUGGAUGGCAAGGACACUAUGGAAUGGGAGGAUCUCAGUAAGAUUCCCUACACCACAAUGUGCAUAAAAGAAUCCCUCCGUCUUUACCCUCCUGUGCCAGGAAUGUCCAGAAAAAUAACCAAACCCAUAACCUUUUUUGAUGGAAGGACUUUGCCGGAAGGUUCUCUUGUUGGAACAAGUGUGUUUGCACUUCACAGGAAUGAAACAGUCUGGGAAAAUCCUGACGUCUUUGACCCACUUCGUUUCCUACCAGAGAAUACUUCCACAAGGUCACCACAUGCAUUUGUGCCAUUCUCUGCCGGGCCGAGGAACUGCAUUGGUCAGAACUUUGCCAUGAAUGAGAUGAAAGUGGUGCUAGCCCUCACACUAAAGAAAUAUCACCUGAUGGAGGACCCCACUAGGAAACCCAAAAUAAUUCCUAGACUGGUGCUUCGUUCACUCAAUGGCAUCUACAUCAAGAUCAAACCUGUAGACCCUCAAAUGUAAAGGGAAGUACUGGAAGCCUUAUAAUUGACAUAGAAUCUAAUAGAUGAUGAACUGCACAGUAAUAGAGUAGUCAUGUUAGCUGCUGAAAAAAGGUAGUAUUUCUAUUUUAACACAUUUUAUCACACAUUUAUUGCACUUGUGAAAUAAGAUGACUUAUAUUGUUGAGGUGUUGCAUCAAAUCAGUUUAUAAUAAAUAUUAAACGUGUGAAAGAUAACAUUUGCCUUUCUUCAUUUGUAAAUUAUCCAAGAUAAAAAUUUUCAGAAUAGGAAAAAAAACACAUACACAAAUAACAAAGGAUCAGUUAUGAUAAUUGACUCUUCUCUGCCAGCUUUCCUAUCUACUAUAUCUUGCAACACAAAAGCAUCUUGACACUUGUGUUCUAGUGGUUAUCACCUCUAGUAGUGGUUUAAGACUGAGCCACAACAAAAGUUUUAACUGAGCACAAUUAUUCUAGCCUGCAUUUUUAAAAUUUCAUCUCUUAAAACAACACCUAAAAUUAAGAAUAUGCGGCCACUGUGUGAAGAUUAAUGUUUGACCUGUCAAAGUGAUUUAUCUGUGCCGCAUGAACUGGUUUAAACGAGGUCCAAAGUACAACUGAGACAUCCAGUUAAUGUUUAACCCCCACAACAAAGUCUUAGAAAGGUAAUAUAGUGUGCUCUCAGUAACAUGUUCGGCUUAUGCUGCUAUAUUAUCUACAAAUAAGUCAUCAAAGGACUUUCACUGAGAUGACUUUUCAUUUGGUAUAAAUUUGGAAUACGAGAAUUUAAUAUCAAAGCAACAGUGCAACAUUUAAUCACAGCUGAAAAUACAGCAGUUAUGAGUCAAAAGUAAUUCAUUUUUUAUUUACAGUCGUAUGAUUACAAAAUCCACAUGCCCACAAGGACAGAAAGUCACCAGCACAGUUUGUAAAAAUGAAACACUUGUCUUGUGAUGUCCAACUUUUCACUAGUUUAAAGGUCCCAUAAAAUGAUCACUUCCUAAAAAUCUUCAGUGGUGACGUCAUGCUGUACCAGAGGA